GGAAGUUUUUCGUAGAAGGAAUCGGAAAGGAUGUGUUGCCAUCGUUGGAGCGACGACACUCGUGUUCUAUCGAGCCUGUUUGUGAGAGUCCAUCGCCGGUCGCACUUACGGAGGGACUGGAAUCCAGAUUUUCACCUGAUUUAGUAGAAGAAAGUUUGUUUGCCCCGUCAGAGGUAUGUACUCGUACUGUGUUCAGAACAUUUUACAAAAGUUUCAAGUGCGUCAUCGCGCACAGUUAUGGAGCAGGUUUCCAGAUUUUUUUACCAUUCUAGAUCUGUUGUAUUUCUUCGGUGGAUUACCCUUCUACGUAAUUGUUACAGGACUCUGCUCCUAAUGACAAUUUUUGGAUCGGUUUUGGGUUCAACCCUUGAUUCCCCAACUCCCUGCCCCGACAAUGUUGUGAUCCCAAACGUACUCAUUUCCUCCCAUUUUGCUCCUUAUUCAACAUUGUUUGGGUUGAGGGGGAAAAGUACCCAGUUCCACUAAUAUCACUAGGAGGUCCCAACACUUUUCAGUGACCUCUAAUGUAAGUGAAGUGGUAACCUGCAACCAGGCGUCAUUUUUCUUUUCCUCUCUAAUCCCCCCCGUUCCCCCACCCCGUCCCCCCUCCAAAAAAAGUGAAGAAGGAGCGUCUGAUAGCAGGUUACCGUAGCAGCGUCACGACCAGCGGUUUUGGUUAGUUUUUAUAGAGCGCCUGAGGGGAACACGCGAACGGAAGAGAAGUCUACUCAGGAAAGACAAGUUUAAAACUGAAUAAAUGAAACUGGAUGGACUAUUAACCUGCUUCAAAUAUUGUUUUCUUCUAGAACAAAGAGGAGACCCCAUGGAAUGGGCUUUUAUCUUUGGCAGAUAUCGAGGAAGUUUUGAAACAGGUUAGUUUACAUGUAAGAAGAAUGAGGUAUUUCUUCUCUAAUUCACAAAAGCUAAAUGAGGAUCCGACCCCCCUCUGAUUGGCUAGUGAUACACGUGCAAAAUCUUUUCAUUUAUCGGACUAGUUCUACAUACAAUAGCUAAGGUUACACUCUAUGUAUUUGUUUUUUUCAAAUUCGACUUCAACAGUUUAUUGGCGUAUUUCUUCAAUGAGGGCGAUGAAAUAACUCUUGUACGCAGUCGCUUCUGUUCUUGUCUGCUCUGUGAUUGAUAGGAAGGUUUUAGCGAGUUCGCGUUGCAUCAGGGGAAGGACCUACGUCUCCUUCCUUUUCCAGCGCCUUUGCGCGUAUUAGUACCUUCUCCUUUGCGACGAUACGAAGCAACUUUCUUUCUGAUUUACCGUUAUCAUUAUUUUGAAAGUGAGGGUUUUUGUUCACAAGUUAACGCAUGGUUGAGCAGCUCACUUUGUUUUAAGAGAGAAGGUUAGAUCAGCAACUCGAAAAUGAGUCAUUAAGCUUGUUCUGUGAUAUGAUAAUGAUCCAUGUGUUAUGUAUACAUUAUCAAUUCUGCAAGAGAAGAGUUCACAUUAUACUAGAUAGCUUUUGGUGCCGACAAGAAAAACUGUCUGGUAUAGUAUGAGCAACAACGGCACAGAACUGGAACAAGUCGCCCGAUCGAAAAUCGUGCCAAAGCGGCUGGCCGAGAUGGUUCGGUGAACUUACUUCCGUAUUAGCGUAUUCCAGUCCUUGCCCCUUCUUAUUCACUUCCGCUACGUUCCGAACACUUAAGUGUGGUUCAGAACCUAUCCGAUAUGUUAUGAUCCACUUUCAAGAUCUGCGCGGCGCAUCUUCCCUUCGAUACAGAAAUCACGCCAAAAUCAGCGUUCCUAUGUGUGAAGGGAAUCCCUAUCAAGUUUGAAGAGCUAUCUGUUAUUGGCGAAUAUUAAUCCUUGUUUACAUUUUUUGCCUCAUAAGCAUAGGAUUAUCAUUAUCUGAUGAAGCCAAUAAAAUGAAAUUUCUGAUCUAGCCGCCGUUGUGUAGGUUUUCAAUGCCGGCGCUUUUCGCUACUAGUGGACUAUAACAUAUAGCAUUGUAUUAGCUCAACGAAUCAGAACGCAGCGUUGAUAAUAGACCACUAGUUGAAUUUUUCUAAUUGUUGAUAAGUUGUAUCUCUUUGAAUUGAAAAGGAUAAAUCUUCCGAGGUUGAGUUGGAGAAAAGGAUUCCGUCCCUGGUGGCUCCCUCAUCGGAGGAGUGUAUAUGGAUAAAAAAUACGCAUAUCCGGAUAACAGUGGGUGAUUUAAUACAACAAACUACCGACGCUGUGCUGAUUUUGAAUAACGAGAGACUGUGUUUAAACAGCGGCGGUGUAUUGAAUGCUCAGAUUGCUCGCUUUGCGGGUGCUGGCCUUAAAGAAGAAUGCAAACGAAUCAUUGAGAGAAGUGGCCCUCAACUUCCGGGCGAGGCGGUCAUAACAGGAUCUGGAAACCUCCCUUACAAACACCUUGUUCACGUGAUCAACUAUCCAGGCUCGCCUCAGAUCCUCGACCUACAGCUGAGUGUCAAGCGUGGCCUUCAGCUCGCCGACGGCCAUGGACUCAGUUCCAUUGCUUUGCCGGCUAUCGGCGCGGGGAGUAUGGGGCUUUCUUUUCAAGAGUCGGCACGGGUACUGUCCGGAGGUAUCCUAAGCUUUUUAGAACGCCCUCCCCAGUUUCUUCGUGAGAUCAAAAUCAGUCUCUUUUUGGAGAGCAUGUUGUGGACCUAUUCCCAAGAAAUAAAGACACAAUUUGUUCCUUUCAUAAAUCUGGAAGAGUAUUCCCCUCUGUCUUCGUUUGUUCAGGGCCAAGACCCCAUUCCGACGAUACUUCAAUACUCAAAUCCGCCUCCUUCACUUGAAAACUCACUUGAUAACAGGAACCCCAAGGCGCUUGUUUCGACGACGGAAUUUCGUGUUUAUGGCAAAGACAAAAAGAACAUCAUGGCAACCAUUAAUAGCUUGCGAACGGUUUAUGCCAAACACCGUGCUGCCCAAAGGGUAAGCCACAAGUUGGUGCCACAGGUUAUCCAAUAUUGUUGGCCAUUGCUCAGUACUCUUGCGUCGCAAUAUGGUGCAGACUUAAUAACCGAGGAUAGCAAUAGUUCUACUAUCACUGUAUGCGGCAACUCGGAGGACGUGUCUUUUGUUGUAAGCCGCAUUUGGGAGGAAAUUACACGGCUCGCGGAGCAGCAAAAUGACAUUGAAAAGCGCAAGCUCUUGGCUCAUUACGUUCGCUGGCAUUAUAUAAUUCUAGACAAAGAGAUUGGUUUUAACGACGAGCUCAGCGCUAUCAUCGAAGAUGCCAGGAAUCGAAAAUGCGAAGGAGUAAAUCUUCUCGUCAACGAUUGCGAGUACAGAGUAGAUUUUAAUUCUAUGACCGUGUUGUACAGCCAGAGCAAUUAUCCACCGCUUCCUUUGUGUCGAAGAACAAGUGCGGAAGCUGGUAGGUCAGAUAGAUAGAUAGAUAGAAAACUUUAUUACUGUGUAGGGGCCGUAUAGCUUGGGAAAAACCCCAUACUAAUUUGGGGACACAAUUUAUAAUUGGAAUUACGUAUACAAAAUAGAUUAUCAACUUCGAAUUUGCUGUUCGCCAUUCACCACUUUAGAAACAGAAGGAGAAAUGACCCGAGUUAACGUUCCCUAAGGACUCCUGGGAAUGUUUCAGGGGACCAAUAGCUGACCGGCGCGUCCCCAGUUACGAUCCCAGAACAAAUUGCGGGACGCAUUUCGGCUCCAGUUCCCUUUUUGUUUCUAAGGUGGCGAAUAUGAUCACCACCAUCCGAGCAAAAAAUUGGGCCGAGUUAACUUUCGCAAAGACAUCUGGGACUGUUAUUAGAGACAGAGAAAGAAACUGGCCAAUAGCUGACCGCGCUCACCUUUUGCAUUCACGCGCGAACUUUCAAGGCUGCCUCUAUUUUAUGUACGCGCAUACGCACGUAAAAAUUACGCGACAGUGGACGUUUUAAUACAACUAUAGCGUUUCUUUCGUUUUCUCCUUUCCCAGCGGAUUCCAUCCCUCAUUUCUGGGCACCUCAACCGCGUUUAAUCGACGGCGCUCCAGCUCGUGUUGCCAUGGUAAAUAUCUUACCAGGGAAUCCAGAGUACCAACACGUGGCCAGUAUGUUUUAUAGCACAGGAGGGAAUGGUAGCAUAGUAACCAUAGAGCGAGUGCAGAAUCUGCCCCUUUAUAAGCAGUACACGAUGCACAGACAAGAGGUGGAGAAUACAAAUUGCAGGUCGGGACUUAAGAACCACAAUGAACGGCAAUUGUUUCAUGGUACGAAAGGAUGCAAUGUAAGGGCCAUCAACUUACAAGGAUUCAAUAGAAGCUUUUGCGGAAGGAAUGGUUAGUCGACUAUGUACUUUUGUUCUUGUUUUUUUUUAAACCUUUCUCUCUUUCCUUAAAAUGGCAAAUUAAAAGUAAAAAAUUACACAAAACUUCCAAAUUUCAUUUUGUAAUGCUUACAAAAAAUUACCAUGAGAAAGUGCUGUGAAAGAUUUGCUUCAAUCAAUUAGAAGCACGACAUAGAUCUAGGGUCUGUGCUCAGACCUCAUUUCGCGGUGAAACCAAUGAUGGCGUCGGGAAAUGUGGGCUCUUUUUUCUGUCCCCCACCCACCCCUUCUGAAUUUUCUGGAUCAGCCCCUGUAGCCUGCGAAAACAUCUGUUUCUCCUCGCUCUUCGUGUCACGUUCCUCCGCACGAAACGUCCCCAGCGACGAAGAGCGAAGAGAAACGGAUGUUUUCGCAGGCUACAGCCCCUGAGAAAGUUACUGGUCACUAAGUCUUCCGGCAAGACUGGGUAGGCGCGGUUGUACGGGAGCUGUUGGGGGACGCUCUCACCUCUUUGCGCAUAAGUCUCAUAGUGCAAUUCGCCGAAGACAAACUCAAUGGUAGCCUGCGUUGCAGCAGGCCCACGCACUUGUCUAAACCAUUUGUAUAGUCUGUUCAGAAGGUUUAGAGCGUCCGCGACGCAGGCAAACUCAGUGGCCAAUGUUUGGUGCUGAGGAGGUCUAGACUGAGAGAGAAUCAAAGGGAAAAUGCAGUGAACUCUCCCGUAAGCGAGAAAAGCUUAAAAUAUCUGAGAAGUGGUCGAUUGCAAGAGAGUUUGUGAAACAAUAUUUCACUGAGAAACAAAACGGUUAUUUAUAAAGUGGUCGCUGUGAGAGAGUUGACUGCAUCUGAAAAUCGAGAGAGGGAAAUAAGAAUUGAAACAGCUGCGCUUUUUAGUUUUCUUUUUGUCUUUCCCUCGGCUAUGACAAUUAUUGCUUUCUUGGUCCUUUGUCCCAAUUUAGCGUCUUGUAACAGUAACACAGAUUUCCCUGCGACUAGUUUCACGCUGCAAAUAUCGGAAAUGACAACAGGAAAAAUUACUCCAUCUUAAUUCCAAACCAAUUCUUCUUUGUUUCAGGAGUGGCUUAUGGAAACGGCGUUUACUUCGCUGCAAACGCCGCGUAUUCGAUGGGUUACACAGCGCCUGACAAUAACAAGCUGAGGCACAUGUAUUUGGCCCGUGUUGUUGUGGGGUUCUACGUGGAGGGCCGUAAGGGCCUUCUAGUACCUCCUCCGCUGCGCCCCGAGGUCCCCGAGGUCCUGUUUGAUUCAGUUGUGGACUGUAUGAGUAAUCCAAGAAUAUUCGUUGUAUUCAAGGAUUCUCAAUGCUAUCCCGAAUAUUUGAUUACAUUUACAUAA